AGAAAUGAAAAUCAGAAGAAGGAAUUUUCUCUACCGAUACUUCUGCACUCAUGAGCUUUGACACAGUGUUCCAAUCUAUCGUGUAGCAGUAGCAAUAAAGUCAUGACGAAGAGUGAGAUCAGGUCCUUUACCUUCAGUGGAAUUCUCUUCGAAAGCGAAGCCGAUCUUUCUUUGUCGAAGUUCCAAGGUAGAUCUAAAGAAGCAGGUUUUACUUUUCAGAGAAAAGACUUCUACUUUUCAGAGAAGAGAUCAUCUUUUCGCAUUGCUUUUCCAGCACAGCUGUUGCUUGCUGCAUAGCCGUAUUCUUUUUCCGUGAAACUUACAGCAUCCAUUUGUUCUUGACAGCGACAAUUUCUAGCACGACGAGGACAAGGAUCAGUAACGAGGUUUAGUAGAAAUAGGACGGGGCAACCAGCGUAAGUACUAGUACAAUGUAAGGACAAGCUUCACCUUUCGACAAAACAGAAGUUCGACUUACCUCCCUUCGCAGACGUAUUCUAUGAAAAGCCCGAUCUCCCCUUCAUACUAAACCAAACCACCAUGUCCGUGUUGCUCGAAACUUCCCUCGGCGACAUCGUCAUCGACUUGUUGGUAAAAGACUGCCCCAAAGCGAGCCAGAAUUUUCUCAAACUCUGCAAGGCGAAGUUCUACAACAAUGUGGUUUUCGAUAAAAUCGAGAAGGACUACCUGGCGUUUUUCGGCGCCUCCACGGGAAAACAGCAAAACGAGAAUUGCAGUGCCUGGAACUACAUUUUAGGGAACGAGAAGCACGCGAAAAAGUUCUUCCACGAUGAAAUCCACAAAGACAUUGUCCACGACGCGAAGGGGAUCCUCGCCAUGGCCACCGAGUCCCCGGACAGCAAUGGGAAUCGGGUGUACUUGACGUUGCGCGAGGACCUGGAGCGGUUAGAUGGGGCGCACACAAUUUUCGGCCGGAUCGCGGAGGAGGAGGGGCUGGAGGUACUGGACAAAGUGAACCAGGUGAUGGUCGAUCACUACAAGCGGCCGUUCCAAAACGUAAGGAUAAAACACGUCAUUGUGCUGGAUGAUCCGUUCGACGAUAUUGCGGAUGAGGACGGUAUUUGAGUACAUAGAUGAGGCAAACUUCUCUUGUUUUUUUCUCUGUGGGCCGACGCAUGACUGGUUCUGUCUGUCAUGCAGGGGCCGCGUUUGGAAAUGAAAUUGUUGUCUGACUGCCCAACUUCAGGAACUCUCUUCUAAUUACUUAUCCAGGUUACGAGUCCCCAGCGGAAAUUCUCGACAAGCAAAUCGAAGAUCUUCUCCAGGAGGAAAACGAGGACGCGGAGGCGCAGCUCGACCGUAUCCGCAAGGCAGACGCGAAAUCGCAGGCGAUAACACUGGAACUGUUAAAUGACUUACCCGAUGCGGAUAUGAAACCCCCGGACAAUGUGCUGUUCAUCGCAAAUCUGAACCCGGUGACGCAGGAUUCAGAUUUGCAGCUCCUUUUCGAGCGGUUCGGGUUAAUUCGGUCCUGCCAGAUCAUUCGGGAUUUCAAAACCGGGGAUAGCUUGCAGUACGCAUUUAUUGAGUACGAAGCCGAGCGCGACUGCGAGGAGGCCUUUUUCAAGAUGCAGGGGGUGUUGGUGGACGGCAGGAGAAUCCACUGCGACUUUUCGCAGUCCGUGUCGAAACAGUUCUCGCAGUUCAAAUCCGGAAGAAUUUCCGCGGAUGAAAUAGCGGGGAUGAAGGGAGGGAAGGGGUUGCCCUCCGGGGGUAACAGCAGUGAAAACUACAAGCUGGACAACCCUUUCCUCGCGUUGAACGGGAAAAAAGGAAAGGGGAAGAAGGGCAAAGGAAAGGACGAUUUCUUCGGUUUUGGAAAGGAUCGCGCUUCAGAUAACCCAAACGCAAUUCCAAUUCCUUCGUCUUCUUCCAGACAGUACCUCCACCCGGACGACGCCGCUCAACAUCCGUCUUCCAGAGACGGAGGUAGUUCUAGGCGCGACAGAGACCAUAAUCCUCGGGACAUUAGAGAUCGUGAUCGAGACCGCGAGUACAGUAGGCGAUCGCGGUCUAGGUCACGAGACCGUGGCCGGGAGGCGAAAAGCAAAAAGCACAAUAAAAGCCGAAGCAGGAGCCGAAAGCGGAAAAAAUCCAGGUCGAAAAGUAGGGAUAAAAAGGAGAAGAAACAUGAAAAGAAGAGGAAGUGACUUUUGCUUUUCAGAUGAAGAAGUGAGUACAGGAGCGACUGUCGAUUACUUAGUUUUACUGGGAAUCUGCUUGCGUCAGCGCGAAGAUCCGCGGAAAGAAACAUAAAACGUCUCUAGAGAGUGCGACGGGCGAU